AUGUCGAUAUGUCAACAUCCAUGUUUAAAUGUAGUCUUUAUUUUGAUUGUAAAUUUUUUGCCGGCAGUUGAACAGUUUCAGCGUUCUUAGCUAAAUUGUAAAUUUAUUUUUUUGUUUAUCUUGACUGAAUUAUAUUUUUAAGAUAUAAAAUGCAACCAAAGCUAGAGAAAACGGAAAGUACAGAAACUGUGAACGCAUCAGAGGAAUCUGGAGAAGAGGAUGAUGGGCUGAGUGUUACAAGUACUAGUGAUACUACCUCUAGAAGUGCUACACCUAGUGGAACAAUCAAGAAACGCGGACCGAAAAGGAGAAAGUCAAAAUUACCAAAAGUGCCUAGGCCUCCAUUCAAAUUUGUAACUUACUUCAAAGAAGACCACAAUCAGCCUAUAUUCGGUACAGCAUUUUGUCAGCAUCUGAAACCUGGUGAGCCAAUUAUAUUUGCAUCUGCCGGAAGCAAUCGCGUCACAAUCUAUGAAUGCCAGAAGAAUGGUGGGAUCAAAUUGUUACAAUGCUAUUCGGAUCCAGACACUGACGAAGUAUUUUAUACAUGUAGCUGGUCCUACGAACCAGACACGGCUCAACCAAUUCUCGCUGCCGGUGGACUCCACGGAAUCAUUCGGAUAAUAAAUCCAAUGAGUAUGACCUGCCCGAAGCAUUACAUUGGCCAUGGUCAUGCCAUAAACGAACUGAAAUUCCAUCCCAAAGAUCCGAGCAUAUUGCUGUCGGCCAGUAAAGACCAUUCUCUCCGGUUGUGGAACAUUCAGUCUGAUGUUUGUAUAGCAAUUUUCGGAGGAGUUGAAGGACAUCGGGAUGAAGUGCUCAGCGCUGAUUUCGAUGCCGCUGGAACGCGCAUUAUGUCGUGUGGUAUGGAUCAUUCAUUGAAGCUGUGGCGUCUGGAUAAGUCGCCGAUCAAAGAAGCAAUGAAGACAAGCUUUACAUUCAAUCCGAACAAAAGUGUCCGUCCGUUUAGCACUGUUCUCGAACACUUUCCCGACUUUUCCACUAGGGACGUGCAUCGCAAUUACGUCGAUUGUGUGAAGUGGCUCGGAAAUUUCGUAUUGUCCAAGUCAUGUGAAAAUACGAUCAUUUGUUGGAAACCGGGACGAUUAGGUGAUACGUCGGUUAGCGACAGUUCGUCCAUAUCAGUCAUUCAUAGAUUCGAAUACAAAGCGUGCGAAAUUUGGUUCAUCCGAUUUGCGUUGGACAUUGGUAACAAAUACAUGGCAAUUGGUAAUCAAAAUGGCAAAACAUUUUUGUGGGAAUUGAAUACGCCAGAUCCCACGAACGCUAAAUGUUCCAUGUUACAACACAUCAAAUGCACGACAGCUAUACGACAAACAGCAUUUUCACGGGAUGGAGAUAUUUUGAUUUGUGUGUGCGAUGACGGUACCGUUUGGCGUUGGGAUCGGACAAAUUAAUUUUAUUUGUAUUUGAUCGGUAGCGGUGAUCGACAACCCGACAUGAUUUAACAAUAGGUCUCAUCUCACAGCCACACUUUAAUUUAAUUUUAUUUUUCUAUGUCUGAGCACUCGUAGCAUUUCGUUGAAUUGUUUGGGAUUAGGCUGAUGUAUUGGUGUUAUAUACAAUUUGAUGUAUACCAUUCUAAAUUUUAUGUUUUACCUUUGACGCAUAGAAUUAAGUCCUUCGUUUUAAGAUCCAAAAUGUUUAUUGUUGAUACGAAAAAUGACUUUUAGAUUUAAAUUUAAAAAAUUAAAUUAAUUUACUCUGCA